AUGGUUGAGGUUAUUGUAAAGAACAAAGUAUUUCCAAGACAAAAACAAGUUGCGGUUGCCCCAUAUGCAACUGAGGAAGAAAAACUAAAAACAAGAUUCUGCAAGGAGACUGCUGGCAACUAUAAAGCACCAGAGACAGCAAUUAAUGCUACCUACUAUGACAGAAAAUGUCCAUUCACCGGGGAAGUAAAUGUUCGUGGAAGAAUCUUCAAAGGAAAAGUUAUAAAGAUGAAAGCAGAGAAGACGAUUGUUGUCCGAAUUGAUUAUCUCCAUUAUGAUUCUAAGUAUAAGCGUUUUGCUAGAAGAAACAGCAAGAUUAACGUUCAUCUUUCACCAUGCUUCCUUGGAUUGGUCAAUCUGGGUGAUACCGUUGUGUGUGGUGAGACCAAACCGUUGUCCAAGACCAAGUCUUCUGCUGUUAUUGGUGUUGAAAAGGCUGAGGAUACCAAGUCCAUUAAGGUCUUUAGAAAGCCUUAA